GCUGUCGUUGCUUAACUUCGGCCGUGUGGACGUCGGUCUGCAUCGCCGGCUCCAUGAUGCCGGGGAACGUGCUGCCAGGGUUGGAUCCACGGUCGCGGAGGAGAGUGCGAGAUAUGCAUCCAUCCGCGAGUGCAACCUCGGUCUGACAUGCCUCUUGAUCGUCGAUGUUUUCCUGCUGGCAGAUACCGCCCCAGACAUAUGGCAGCAGUAUGCCACGGAACGCGCCUGUGCUGCCUUCCGCUUCCCCUGGCGGGAGAUGGUGCUAGGCACCGGCUGGAAGCUUUUUGCCCUUCUCGCCGGAGUUCAGCUGAGUGGGAGGUCAAGGGUGGGAUCCUCUGUUCCCAUGCCGGCGGAUGUUGCCGAGCUGAUCGCCCCGGAUGACCCGGGCGACUCCAUUGCAAAGCGUGCCGACGAGGCCCUCAGGUGGGCCGUCACGCGGCUAGCAGCUGCAACGGCAGGUAGCGCCUCUGGGGAGGUUGAGCCUCUCCUGAAAACGGCUCGGAAGGUGCAGCAGAAGCUGCUGAAGGACUUUGGCGACGACGCGACGCCCCUUUGCGCUCGCAGCGUGAUGGGUCCGUGGCCGUUUCCGGCUGAGAAAUGGGGGCAGGGUCCAGGGCCGACGGCUUCGAGCAAUUGCGUCCGGGCAGAAUAA